UGCGCUUUAGAUGAUAAUUGUAUUUAUAGAGGGCGUCAUCUGUUGUUUUGCAACAGCACAUGUUGACUUUCCUUGUUUAUCAAAAUAUUGGUCCCAAAAUAUUAGUCCUCUUUUCAUUAAUAUUCUAGAGUAAUGACAGAAAUGGAUGAUGAUAAUGAUAUUCCAGAUUUAGAUGAUGCAGAAAUUGAUGAUGAUACUUGGGAUGACUUUGAAGAUGAGCCGAUGAACUCGGAUUGUCCAUGUUUGUUUUGCCCUAGAAUAUUUCCAUCAGCUGAUCAGGUUCUGCAGCAUUGUAAUGUAGUACACUGCUUUGAUAUCACUACAGUACAAAGAAAAUAUGAUCUUGAUUGUAUUUCAUAUAUAAAGAUGAUCAAUUUUAUUAGAGCAAAGAAGCCAGAGCCAGUUCAAUUCUUGGAGAAUUACCCGAUUGGUCAGCUCCCCUGGGCAGCAGAUGAUUUUAUGAAACCUGUACUCAACAAUGAUCUCAUGCUUAUAUUUGACAUUGAAUCAAUGACGAAAGAGACCAAAACAAACAUUAAUGUAAAUAAUGUUAACCAAGAUAAUACCGAUCGUCAUAUGGAUGAAAACAGCCUGCUGCAACGGUUGAAGGAGGCAGAACAUCGGGCAGCAAAAGCUGAGGAUGCAUUGGUUCAUGCAAUGAAAGAUCUUGAUUUAGUGAGGUCAACUACAAAGAACCUUUUGGAGUGCAAAGAUGUUGCAAUAGAUUCAGAAGAAGACCAAUCAUAUUUUGAUUCUUAUGCACACUUUGGAAUUCAUCAAGAAAUGUUGCAAGACAAAGUUCGCACAGAAAGCUACAGGGAUUUUAUUUACGACAACCAGCAUAUUUUUAAAGAUAAGGUUGUAUUAGAUGUUGGAUGUGGAACUGCAAUUUUAUCAAUGUUUGCAGCAAAAGCAGGAGCUAAACAUGUGAUUGGAAUUGACCAAUCAGAAAUUGUCUACCAAGCAAUGGACAUAGUAAGAGAAAAUGGGCUUCAGAAUGUGGUGACACUUAUAAAAGGCAAGGUGGAGGAAGUUGAACUUCCAGUAAAGCAGGUUGAUAUCAUUAUAUCUGAGUGGAUGGGUUACUUUCUUCUCUUUGAAUCCAUGUUGGAUUCUGUACUCUUUGCUCGAAACAAAUAUCUUCAACCAGAUGGUGCAGUUUAUCCUGAUCUAUGUACAAUAAGUCUUGUGGCUAUUGAUGACCAAAACAACCAUCAUUCCAAGGUUGAUUUUUGGAAUGAUGUUUAUGGGUUCAAAAUGACGUGCAUGAAAUCGUGUGUACUGGAAGAAAGUAGCGUUGAGUAUGUAAAAGGAGAUACUGUUAUAUCAAAUCCUUGCAUGGUGAAGUGUGUUGAUAUUUGCAGUAUUCAUGUUAAAGAUUUAGAUUUCACUUCCAACUUUAAACUAGAAAUUCAGCGGGAUUCAAAGUGCACAGCAAUUGUUGGUUAUUUUGAUGUCAUUUUCGAAAAGCAUUGCAGAAAAACUGUAAUGUUUUCCUGCAGUCCAACCAAUGAAAGAACUCACUGGAAGCAAACUGUGUUCACUCUUCCGAAGCCAAUACCACUUAAAAAGGGAGACUUGUUAACUGGAUCUAUAGUAUGUGCAAAGAAUCCAAAGGAUAAGAGGGCACUUGUUGUGACAUUUACAAUAGAUGGAGAAGAUCUGAAGUACAUUGUCCAGUAAUUGUUACCAUGUGAAUGAAUUACAAUGAAACAAAAAUGUCUUGCAUUAGAACAGAAAGUAUAAUUCUUGAUUUUUUUCCCCUAAAAAAGAUGUGUAAUUAAAAAUUCCAGAGAAUAAAAUAUUUUAUACAAAUAAAAUAUUAGACAUUUCUAAAAUCUUCCAUAACUUUUAGUGUCUCCACUUAUCUUGUAUUUAAAAUUAUUAAGUAAAAUAAAAUCAAUGUGUUCUACCGUAUAA